AUGGCCUCGCGACUGCUCUUGCCAUUCCUGGUGGCUGUCGACCUUGUCUCAGCGCAAGGCUUGGGAGGAUUGUGGCCCGUCCCUCAGCCCACCUUCACUGCUGGCACCACAUCCCUGUUCAUCAACCAGGACAUUGAAGUUACUUACAACGGCGCAUCUCUUACCCACGGGGCCGAUUUAGAGCCGGCUUCCUUGACCAGCUCAGACAUCACAACCGCUGCUGUCAACAGGGCUCUGGACAACAUCUUCAACCAAAACUUUGUUCCAUGGAUGCUCGUCCCACGAAACUCACUUUCCAGCUAUGAGCCAUCGCCUAAUGCCUCCGCCACCGGCGUUUCUUGUCUGGAAAUAACUCUGACCGGUGGCAACACCACCUUCGAUCCGACGGCAACCGACGUCGACGAGGCAUACAGCUUGAGCAUCGGUGAGGACGGCACUGCGAAGCUCUCCUCCAAGUCAACUUUCGGCAUCCUUCACGGCCUGGAGACCUUCUCUCAGCUUUUCUAUGAGCAUUCCGCCGGCGGUGCGUGGUAUCUGGUGAACGCCCCAAUCGAAAUUGAGGACUCGCCAGUCUAUGGACACCGUGGACUCAUGCUGGACACGGCCAGGCACUGGUUCCCAGUGGACGACAUCCAGCGGACCAUCGAUGCCAUGUCUUACAACAAGUUGAACAAGCUUCACGUGCACGUUACUGACUCACAGUCGUGGCCCCUCGAGAUUCCAAGCAUCCCUGAGCUGUCCGCCAAGGGUGCUUACAGCCAGUCUCAGGUAUACUCGCCUGAUGACAUCAAGUCGAUCCAGGAGUACGGUCUCGCCCGUGGCGUGGAGGUCUAUCUCGAGAUCGAUAUGCCUGGUCACAUUGGCAUUGUCGGUGAGGCUUUCCCGGACCUCGUUGUAGCCUACGAUGCGCGGCCCUACUUUUUCUACUGCGCACAGCCUCCGUGUGGCGCAUUCCGACUGAACAACUCGGAUGUGGAAACUUUCCUCGGCAACCUAUUCGAUGACAUCCUUCCACGUGUGGCGCCUUAUACGAAAUACUGGGGCACGGGCGGAGACGAACUGAAUGCGAACGACUCGAGGUUUGAUCCCGGCCUGAACACCAACGACAGCGCAGUGCUCCAGCCGCUACUGCAGGACUUCAUUGACAACCAGCACACGCGUGUGCGCAAUGCGGGUCUUACGCCUACGGUCUGGGAGGAGCUCGUGACCGAGUGGAACAUUACGCUGGGAUCGGACGUCGUUGUGCAGUCGUGGCUGGGCGGUGGUGCUGUCGCUGAAAUCGCUUCCAAGGGUCACAAGGUCAUCGACAGUGACUACAACUACUGGUAUCUUGACUGUGGUCGGGGCCAGUGGCUCACUUUCGGCAACGAAAUCUGGUCCCAGUUCACGCCUUUUAAUGACUGGUGCGGCCCAGCGAAGAGCUGGGAGCUUGUUUACUCGCACGACCCAGCUGCAGGUCUCAAUGGCACGGAAGCGGACCUCGUUUUGGGUGGCGAGGUCGCCGUUUGGUCAGAGACUAUCGACAGCAACAACCUCGACAGCCUGGUAUGGCCAAGGGCCAGCGCUGCCGGCGAGGUGCUCUGGUCAGGACGAACAGACUCGAGCGGCCAGAAUCGCUCGCAGGUCACAGCGGCGCCGAGGCUGAACGCGCAGAGGCAGCGUCUGGAUGAGGAGCCUUCGGGUGAUGACGAAGAGCACCCGGAGGAGUUCAUUGCAUUCGGGAUGCUCGAGAUCUUGGUCGAUGUCCUCUCUCGCCUUACUCUCAGCAUCUUCAGAGCAGCUGCGCACUGGAUUCGCCAGUGA